AUGGAGACAGUAGCUCUGGAAUGGAUCAGCUCGCGGGAGGUGGAGCCUCGAGAUGUCGUGCAGUUUGUGCAGCAGCUCAACAAUGUCCCCGAGGAAGCCGUGUGUGAAGUUGGCGACAUAUUCUCGCGCCGAUGCCGUGUGAGCUUUGGGAACGAGGACGGACGUCCAAUUCGAAACGAAGUCCAUCUGAGCUGUGAGCCGCGGAUUGUAGAUGAUCCGACUAUGCAGCGAGCGGUGAGGGUGAAAAAUGACUUUAUACCAGACGAUAAAGCUCCAGCGCCUGUACUACCGAUGGAAAAGGUGAUCGCUCUGAUCGACCUCGUCGGGGAUCAAGUCGUCGAUGCGCAAGAAGCGUACGAGCUAUUUGCCGACGCUGAUGCCCUUGAAAGUCUCCGGUAUUUGCUGACGAAGCUGAUCCAGAGCAGCAAUGUCGCUGUGAGGCGUAUCCCUUCAGCUACCACCACUCCCUUCCUCUCGUAUACAGACUUCUUAGCAUGCUACGUGGCGUAUCUGGCCAGCCUCCACUCUUCAACAUAA